AUGAGCCCCUGUGGGUCGGUGGAGUCUAAGCCGGAAGGCUAUUCCUCCAAACCGACGGAGCGUGUGAUGUGGCCUGACUUCGUGUUUGAAGUCCUGUCAAUCUGCUCGGACGGUGUUCUGGAUGUGCUGGCAACUCAGUGGUCGCGAAGCAGGCAUCAGCAUCUUGUUCCUGGCUGUGAUCGGUACAGACUUCUAACCAGCUUGGAAGAACAAGAAGUCUACACCAGCAUGGAUAAGCCGGACUUGUACAACCUCGGGUGUGCUCCCCUCACGCUGCUGGCCGCCAAACAGGUUGACGAGCUGUGGCCGGUCCUCACGUGGCCGAGGCAGCCGCUGCCGGUGCUCGACAUUGGCUGCGGGCCCGGUGACGUCGCCAGUAAGGUUUUAGCCCCGCGGCUGCCACCGGGUACGAAGCUGGUGGCCUGCGACAUCAGCACAAAGAUGCUGGAGUUCUGCAGGCAGCACAACGCGCUGCCAGGCACCAUCACGUACGAGCAGCUGGACGUGGUUCAGCCCGACCUGGAGAACUCCGCCGUGUGGCAGUACGCGCCCUUCGGCAAGGUGUUCUGUUUGCUGCUGCUGCAUUGGGUGCCCGACAACAGAUGA